ACAAAAACAGCGAAAAUAUGGAGCGGGACGACGGGCCGCUGUUGGCCCUGCGAUAAGUGCGACUGUGGCCGCAGAAGAGGCAGGUCGUCCGGCAUGCCUUCGCCCUGGUCGACUCAGUGAUGUCCUCCGCCAUGCGAGUCCGUGUCAAGUACGUCCUUCAGGCGCUGCUGCUGUGCUGCGCGGCGGCCCUGUCCACCCUGUGUCUGUACCGCAGCCUCCGUCUGCCACCUGCCGACAAGAAAGGGUCCUCCUCAGGGUCGGCGUGGCAGGAAAGGGCCCCGCGCUCCCUGUCCUUCGGCAGCAGGGACUACGAGGUCGUGUCCAACGGACAGUUGCUGGCGCAGUACGACACCAACGAGCUGCAGCAGCCGCUCGACCCUGCCGAGGUCACUCCGGCCCUGCAGGUCCUCACCAGUAUCAGCGACGUCUUCAUCAGCGUCAAGACAACGUCCAACUAUCACAAGAGUAGGCUUGAUGUCCUUCUGAAGACGUGGUUCACCCUAGCAAGAGAGGAGACGUGGUUCUUCUCCGAUUCCCAUGACCCGGAGUACCAGGAGCGAACCAAUGGCCACCUCAUCAACACCAACUGCAGCUCGUCCCACAACAGAAAGGCGCUGUGCUGCAAAAUGUCUGUGGAAUUCGACACAUUCCUGAGAAGUGACAAAAAGUGGUUUUGCCACUUCGACGACGACAACUAUGUCAACAUUCCGAAGCUGCUGUCCACUCUGGGCAAAUACAGUCCGCAGGAGGACUGGUACCUGGGCAAGCCGAGCAUACGCACGCCACUUGAAAUCCUGGACAGGGAGAAGAAGACCCAGUCGGGAAUCAACAGGGAGAACAUAAAAUUUUGGUUCGCGACUGGAGGUGCCGGCUUUUGCAUCAGCCGGGCGCUGGCCCUGAAAAUGUCUCCGGCAGCCAGUGGAGGCAGGUUCAUCAGCGUGUGUGAGAAAAUCCGUCUUCCUGAUGAUGUUACGAUAGGAUACAUAAUCGAGCAUCUGCUAAAGAAAAAAUUGACCUUCACACCCGAAUUCCACUCUCACUUGGAGCCCAUGAAGUUCAUCCAGCAACGACACCUUCCCGAGCAAAUAACCUUCAGCUACUCAGGUCAGGGCAAGGAUCAAAACGUGCUGAAAAUUGAAGGACUGGACCCAAGAAUCGACCCAACAAGAUUCAUGUCUCUGCACUGCUACUUGUUCCCACACUACAGUUUCUGUCCGCGAUAGUGGAGCAGCAACACGCAACUCACUGGCAGCUAGUCCCUCUCAUCAAUCAUCUCUUCAUCCACAUGGGAAUGAAUGUGUCUGUUGAAUUCAAAACUCCUAAGAGUGGCAAAACGGUGCUCACAUUGAGCAGUGCAAAGAACGAUGGUGCGUCAAAGUUCGGAUUGAAUUCCUCAAAAAAAUGUGAUUCAUUUAAUUGUAGACAUUUGCAAUCUGGAAAUGCAUAGAGUUUUUCUGGAGAGUCUUUCAAAAUUUUGUUUUUCACAGCUGAAGAUAAAGCUGUUGUUGCAUUUAUGUUUUUUUUUCUGCGAAGGUCUGAAAGUCUGCAGAUUUUGUAUAAAAAUCAAUUUAUGGCAAUUAUCAUAUUUUAACUAACUCUCUACAAAGAGAUAUUUUAACCUGUUGUAUGUACAAUAAAUAUUUUUUACAUUUA